CAUGCUGCGACCCAAUCAAGAACAGCUGGGCGCAAGGUUGCACGUCCUGAGACAGAGCAAGAAGCGGAUGCAGCACCUCGAAUCGAGGACAUGGCGACCUUAGGUUCUGCAGUCGGACGCUCUGGGAGCCUUUCUAUCAUGGAGGCGGUCCCUCUGGAGAUGCUCGCUUACAUCUUAUCCCUGGCAGUCAAAGGGGACAGUGUGACCACAGCAUCAUGCAAGCUCGUCAGCAAGGACUGGCGCGAUCUGACGCGGCUGUCAAGCACCAAGCUGGUCAUACAGGGAGACGAUGCGGUUCCAAAGAUUAUACGCCCUAACGUCUCGCUCAAACGAGCCCUAGACAAGAACCCUCAGAUCGUGGAGCUAGCGCUCCACAUUGAUAGCAGAGGGGAAUACUGGGAUGAUGGGGAGGAAGAAUGGGGAGUGAAUUGGGAUAGAAUUAGAAUUCUAUGUGCGCUUCCUGUUAGGGCUUGGACUGAAGUCACCCUGCAUUUGUCUGAUGAUGCCGAAACAUGCUCUUUCUCGAGAUUGCUCGCAGCUUCUAAGGACACUUUGCGGAAGCUUCACAUGGACAUUGAACUGUUUUUGCUAAUGGAUCUGGAGGUGGUCCUAAGGGAGCUGCGGCAGCUGACGCAUUUGACAGUACGGGGAUUGGGCUCCCUAGAACCAAGAUCCCUGCUUGCAAUUCUGGAUACUGCUGGCAGAUCCCCUCUUCUCAAUGUGAGGGAGCUUGAUGUAGACGAGUUCGCUUGGUACGACCCCCCUGAUGGAGUGAUGCAUCCUACUAGGGGCCAAUCCUUUGCAAAGUUACAACAGGUGUUUCCAAACCUCGAGAAUCUGACUGUGAGGGGCUCUGGAAAAGGCAUCACCCGGGAUGACUAUGUGGCUUUACUUGGCGGCUUGCCUCGCUUACGAAAUCUAGUUAUCGAGGGCGAGUCUCUUGCAGUGGUGGACAACACAGUGCUUCAGACCCUCGCUCAGAAAUGUCCAUUGCUGGAGGCUCUCGUGCUAGCGCGUAAGGGGGUCCGCAAUGUACAUUUGCUCGGCGAGGAGGACGAUGGCAUGGGAACGCGCCUUACAGCAGCUGGAAUUGCAAGUCUUCUUGGAAGCUGCUCGUCGUUGAGAAAUUUGAAACUCUCAAAUCUUCCAGUCAUAGGCGACGAGGAUUGGGCACCGUUGCUUCUAAAAAUGAGAUCACUUGAGUAUUUUGAGGGGCCUUUUCCCUGUAGAAGUGCGAUAAAGUCCUUUGCAAUUCUUAGCAACCUUAGGGAAUUGGCAUUUGUUCAAGACCAGGAGGUCCAACAACAGGAUUUGAUUUCCAUUUCAAAAGUUGCCAGGCUCUUACCCAAAUGCACAAAACUUAGGGUUGUCGCACCUGGCUUGAAUCCUGCCACUGCUGAAGCAGUGAGGAUACAGCUGCCAGGUGUUGGUAUUCCGAAUGCUUAAAGAAAGGUGGUGACUCGUGAGAGGGAUUGAGUUUGGAAAUACUCUCCUAAAAGAUAAUACAAGAACUCCAGAUAUCCUGCUAAUCUUCUUGAAAAACCAGGAUGUAAGUACCCGGUUAGGUACAUCAAAUCCACUUUUCGAUCUUGCAUUACAGUGAUAACCUUCCCAAACGAGUUCCAGUAUGUCAUAUCAGAGUACCGUACUAGCGUUUAAUUUCGUCAACAAAUAAAUAAUUAUUUGGCCUGCCGAAAAUUUUAGAAAUAUAUUUCAGGCGGUAAUGGUUCGAUAAUGGUAUGUUUUAGCAGGUAACAUUAGGUCUGCCGAAGUCCUCAA